GACGCCAAGGGUUGGGGUGUGCAGGGCGCAGAAGUUAUAGUUGCUUUAAACCUACAUACGUAACUUUUUUUAUUUAUGUCUUUAUUCUUCUUUAUUAUAUCGUUAACCCACACUUUAUAGACUUGCCUUUUUAAAAUAUAAAAUCUGCAACAAGAUGAUUGACCAGGUUACAGGAACAGGGGCUUUGCCCUUUGCAGUUCAGCUCAAAGCUCUUCUGGACAAAGAGUUUCGAUAUCAACCAAAGCUCAGUGGACUCCGAAUCAUCGAGUCGGCUCAGGACAAUGGUCUGAGGGUGACUGUCAAGUUGAGAGAUUUUGAAGUUCGAGACCUUCUCUCCUUGACUCGCUUCUUCGGUUUCAGUGCGGAGACGUUCUCUCUUGCUGUGAAUCUUCUGGAUCGAUUUCUGGCUGUGAUGAAGAUUCAGCCCAAACAUCUGUCUUGCGUUGGCCUUUGCUGCUUCUACAUUGCGGUGAAGAGUUCAGAAGAAGAGAAGAAUGUGCCUUUGGCCAGCGACCUCAUCAGAAUCAGCCAGAACCGCUUUACUGUCCAUGACAUGAUGAGGAUGGAGAAGAUCAUUCUGGAAAAACUGUACUGGAAAGUCAAAGCUCCAACUGCACUUCACUUCCUCAGAUUGUUUCAUACUCUGAUUCAAGAGCAGGUGGAUGCAGGAAGUAGGAUUAAUCUGAACAUUGAAAGGCUUGAGGCUCAGUUGAAGGGAUGCCACUGCUCCUUUGUCUUCACUAAAAUCAAGCCUUCCCUGCUUGCUUUAUCACUGUUGGCUUUGGAGGUCCAGGAACUGCAUGAAUGUGAGGAUGUUCCCGCUCUGAAAGAAGCACUUGAUGGUUUACAGGAGAGUUUGAGUGUUAAAGAUGGAGAUCUGAUGUGUGUGAGAGUACUUGUUGCUAAGUGCCUGGUCGAAUACGCCACCACCACCAAGUGCUUGAAGCCAAAUGCCCAAAGAUUGCGAUGGAUGAUUUCGGGUAGAACCGCCCGUCAACUGAAACACAGUUACUACAAGAUCGCUCACCUACCCACAAUUCCUGAAUGUGCCUUUUAAGAUUGUUUGUGUUGGGUGCCCAUAGCAACUUCAUGUCUUUCAAAAAAAUCAGAAUCUUUCAAUUUCCUUGCAUAGUUUCUUUUAACAAACUUUCUUCCUUUCCAGCCUUUGUUCUUUGUAACACUUGCUGUGACUUUUACAUUACUGAAUCUAUAAUCUGUUGAGAUUUGCUAGUCGAGGGUGAGUUUCAGCAAGUUGAUCAGAGGUUGCACUGCUUAAGCUUGCAUGUCUACAGUAUGUUCAUUUGAAUCGGUACCAAAGGUGCUGGUUGUUUAAAGCAAUGAAGUAUAGAACCGCCUAGGUCCUCAAUCCACUGUGUGGAAGAGGAGGGAGAAGGGUUUUGUGAUUAGACAACAACGGAACCAAGAGAUCAGGCCCAAAACCCUUAACUUCCACCCUAGGUUGUCAGCUGUCGUAAUGCACACUCCUACCCAAGGUGAUGAAACGAGUUUCUUUUUUUUAUGGUGUUCUGUAUUCUAACAUGGCAUGAUGAAAACGGGAUGUCUGAGGUUUUAACAUUUAAUAUGCCUUUAAUGGAAAAUUUAAUGUUUUUUUGGCAUACCAGGCAAAAUUUAUUUUAACUUUGGUUACACUAAAGUUUCUAGUAACUGGCCAAUUGUUCGUACCCGAUACAAACGGUCAACACUAACCAAAAUUAUUAAAAUUGGUGAAAGUUUAAUUUCUGCGCAAAUACGCAUGCUAAACUCCUUUUUGUUUGGGCUCUAAUGAAAAUGGGAGCUGCACCCUGCAAAUUAUGUAGUUGGACCUUUCAAUAAAAUAUAUUGAAAUGCUUCAA